UUCCUCAUUAUUAGCUCGUGAUAGAACUGUUUUAACUCUGGGACGUAAACAUGUCUGUGCUGAAUUUCUCCUCCAUACACCUGGUGCUCCUCUUCUCUCUGUCUGAAGUGGUGUAUUCAUCAGAUGGAGAUUUCACACACUAUAAUGCUAGGUGUGAGUUCAGAGAAGUACAUGAUAUUGAGUAUAUUGAAGAGUUUCAUUUCAACAAGGUGAUGAUGGCAUGGUACAACAGCACCAAGGAUAAAUGGACAGGAUACACACCCCAUGGACUGGAUCUUGCGAACAUUUUUAAUGGAGAUCUUUAUGACCAUCUUGCAAGAAGAGCAGCAAUGGAUAUUUUGUGUGUGGCCAAUGCUGAUUUACUCUAUGGCUACCUACAUAAUUAUACAUUUGAGCCCUACGUCAGGCUGAGGUCAGUGGAGCCGUUCAAUACCAGACACUCUAGCAUGCUUGUGUGCAGUGCCUACGACUUCUACCCCAAACCCAUCAGAGUGACGUGGCUGAAGAACGGACAGGAAGUGACCUCAGAUGUGACCUCCACAGAGGAGCUGGCCAAUGGGGACUGGACCUACCAGAUCCACUCGCACCUGGAGUACACGCCCACACCUGGAGAGAAAAUCACCUGUAUGGUGGAGCACUUCAGCCUCACUGAGCCCAAGCUGUAUGACUGGGACCCCUCCAUCCCCGAGUCUGAGAGGAAUAAGAUGGUGAUCGGGGCCUGUGGGCUGCUGCUGGGGGUGGUCUUUAUAGCAGCUGGACUGAUCUACUACAGGAAGAAAUCUACUGGUGAGGAGACACAGGCCUCAGCACAUCUAUUUUCUAGAAGUCUAGGUCAAACCAUCCUGAGAUAGACAUCAGACACUCAUUAAAUCCACUGUUAUACUGCUGAUCUAUACCAUGCACAUUGUGCAUUAUAAUAUGAAAUGUUACAUUAUUAAGUCACUGUCCGCAUUAUAACAGCAACAAAUGUUGGUUUCUCUCUCAACAGGGCUGAUUGUGGUGCCAACAAGUUAUGAUAGGGGUCAGUCUAGUGGUUAAAACAUUUUACGUUUGGAGUUCAAAGCUCAACAAGAGUUUGCAAUCUGAUGUCUAAGGGUCAUUAUAUUAAAUGGGAACACAUUUAUUUAAACUACAGUAUAUUGAUCUCUUUUAUGAAUUGUAUGUAUUUUCCCUCCAUCUUGUGCUAACAUCAGUUAUUUCCAAGUCUUGCAAAUCAUAGUGUAUAUUUUUUUUCUAACAGAUUGUCAGUUGGGUAUGCUCUCUGCAAGGUUUUGUAUAUCUUACUUAUCAUAUGAACAUAACUUUAUGUAUCAAAUAAAAUUCCCUCAAGUUUUCACAUUUUAAAUGAUAGAGAAUACCUUUUGUUAAAGUACUAACAACCUUGGUGAAAAUGUUUCUCACCUCUCUUUGCUCUUGAGAAGAAUAAAAAAAUAU